GCACUCAGGCUUUGGAUCCCAUUACAGCAAUGCGACGCAUUGACCAAGCAAUAGGUCGUCUCAACGUCUCCAGGACUGGAAGCCUGGACGGAAGAGAGGUUGGCGACCACAAUGACAGGCAACACACACAGCCCCUCCAUGAUAAUCGGUCCUCCUGUGCCUCUGGAUUCAUCAACUUGAACAGGCUGGGGAAGAUGGAUAUCGGGUUCCACUUUCACCUUCGGGUUCACUAACAGAGUUAUCUGAUGAUCUCAUAGCUUCGUUGAAUGAGCCAGGGGUUGCGUUGUUAGUGUACGGAUUAACCCGGGCGGAUUUCUCGUUUUGACUCACUCACGAUCACCGCCUUCGCACACGACGCAUCACCUGGAAAAACCAGGCCGUAAUCGCCUUCAUGAUGACCGUCGUCUUCGCCUGAUCCUAGUGGUUAGCUUGGUCUCCUCGCAAAGGAGCUCCGGGAAAGUCACCUUGGCAUUCCCGGAAUCGCUCAAAGAAAAGCAUGUUUGCCCGAGGCGGUGGCUUGUGGAAGAAGACGGCUUCCGGGAUCGCCCAAUCUUCCAUUCGUCGAGACAAUGGGGCCAGACGCUACUACUCGUCAAUGGCCGAGAGUGGCACCCGGCCUGGAAGCGUCGGCGUGGGUGUGGCCGAGAACCAUCACCCCUCGUCCGUGGACGCAAAGCAGAAGAGAGAAUCGGACAGGCAAUUCCUGAUCUCGGUGCUCGAAUCAGCCGCCACUAAGCGCGACGCCAAGGCAUAUCUCCAAACUUUCGGUUCGUCCCCAGGUUCGGGGCCGAAAAGUACGCCCGCUUUCACUACACUCCUGGAUGACGGGCCGCAGGGCCUGAGCGGCUUCCCUCGCUUAGUCCAGGGACCCGUCAGGGUACCCCUAGCCGACGCUGUCGAGGUGCCGCAUAUCGCCAUCGUCAAGCUUGGGGAGCCCGAGACGUGGGACGAUGCGCUCCUCGAUGGUGUUGCUAAAACGCUCAUGCAACUGCGGGAUCUGGGUCUGCGGAGCGUCAUCGUUCUUGACUGCAAUCUCGACGAGAGAAAGGGCUUGCGCUGGCAGGAGCUCGUGUCGCGGCAGACCGACCGCGUCAUCCGAGCCAUUCGUCGACACGGCUCGCCAGGUGCGGAAGUGGCAGCCUCGGGCAUAUGGAGGAAGAAGAAGAAUGGGUCGCCGCCCAAGAUUUCUUCGGUUGGUGCUCUGGCUACGGACCUCUUCGUUGGGUUUGGGCCAGCGUUCACCAGUCCACUCAAGCACGGCCACAUUAUUGUGGUACCGCCUGGUGCAUUGGAUGAGGAGGCGCUGAUGUACACAGCGGCCGAUGCGAACGAGAUCGUCGUUGCUUUGACAAAUUUCUUCGCAGGCCUCCAGUUCGAUUCGCGUUCAGGCGCGGAAGGGAACUCCGAAAACACCUCCGAAGGCCGUCCUGUGCGGAAAGCUUUGGUGGACAGGAUUAUUGUUAUCGACCCCUUUGGAGGGAUUCCAGCGAACAGUCGCGGAGACGGCGCUCGAGUCUUUGUCAACCUGGAAGAGGAAUUCGACAUCCUGCAAACUGCUCUCGCUGCUCAUGUGCAGACUGGCCCGCCUAUGACCACUGCAGGUUUGAUAGGCAAUCCCACUCCGAAGCACACGGAGCACCUCAGACUCGUCCAGCGUACGCUGGCCAUUCUUCCAUCGACCGCCUCGGCAGUGAUAACCAGUCCGGCCGAGGCGGCAAACCUACGAUUCUCAGCCGCCCAGGUGGAUCCGACCAAUGUUGGGCAGUUCGCCGGCGAGGUCAAGACCAGGAGGUGGCAGAACCCGCUGAUCCACAACCUCCUCACCGACAGGCCUAUUUAUUCGGCCUCCUUACCCAUCGGCAAGAUUAAGCCCUCCGGUCGCGGCACCGAAGUCACGCCGCCGCGCAUGCCGACCACUACCUUGGUGAAAAGGGGCCUGCCUGUGACUAUCUUCCCUGACCCGCGCUCUGGUCGCUGGCAGCCGCCGAAACCAGGAACACCGCGGCUUAGACUCACCGACACGUGCAUCGAUUUGCCACGGCUCGUCCACCUCAUCAACGACUCGUUCAACCGCAAGCUCGACGUCGAGCACUACCUCCGCCGGGUCGAGGACAGUCUGGCGGGCAUCAUCAUCGCGGGCGAGUACGAGGGAGGCGCGAUACUGACAUGGGAGCGGCCCUUUGGCAUGGACGAAGAGACGGCGUACAACGCCGGUCGGCUCGUCCCGUAUCUGGACAAGUUUGCCGUGCUCAAGAAGAGGCAGGGAGCCGGCGGCGUGGCGGACAUCGUCUUCAACGCCAUGGUGCGUGACUGUUUCCCGCGGGGCGUGUGCUGGCGGAGCAGGAAGGACAACCCGGUGAAUAAGUGGUAUUUUGAGCGGUCGUGCGGCGCGAGGAAGCUGCCGGAUAGCAACUGGGCCAUGUUCUGGACGACGCCCGAGGCCGCGACGAGCGAGCAGCUCAUGAGAGACUACGAGGAUGUGUGUAGGAAUGUGGUGCCCUCAUGGGAAGACAUGAAGCCCGCAGAUUAGGCUUCGUGGUGCACUGUUGACUGUGACUGGCGUCACCAACCGCACUCGAGCAACUAGGCGAGUAUACGUGCACGCGGGGCGGAUGGUGGAAAAGGACUGGGCGGAAGGGUUUGUAAUUGAGCUACCUGUCUCAUUCAGUGGGUUCAUUACCCAACAUGCACGGAUGCACGAAGAUUUAUUGAAUGUCUCAUCUGCGACCUCGUCCAUUCAGGUCAGUUGAAGAUGUCCCAGGCAACAUUCCGUAAGGAGUUGCAGAGGGCUGAACAACCUGGAACCCAGGCCGGGCAGGCAGUGCCCUGUGAGUUGCCUGACGAAACGAAAGCAGGCAGCCCAGGUCAUGGAUGACGGGAAGCCUCCUCCAAUCACACAAGGGCUUCAGUACUGGCGGACGUUGG